AUGCCUCCGAACGUUAAUUCUACCACAUGCGCCCAGUGUCAAGACCUGGAUGCGUCAUACAACUCAGAAGACUUCAAGCUCGAGGCCAUUCAAGUCCUCGGAGACGCAAUCCGCGUACCGACCGAAUCAUACGACGAUAAUGGAGCGGUCGGCGAAGACAGUCGAUGGGAUACAUUCGCAGAGCUUCAUCGAGUCCUUGAAGCCACUUUUCCUCGCGUUUAUGAGUCCCUGAAUGUCACCAAAGUCAAUACAUACGGUCUCGUUUUUCACUGGCAGGGAUCAACCACGGCAAAUGCCUUAUCUCUUGGCCGCUCAUCAAGACAGUCAAAGAGUGGAAACACCGAUCCGUAUUCUGGAUACUAUGACGGCACAUGGAUAUGGGGCCGCGGUUCCUGCGACGACAAAAGCGACUUGAUACAACAAUUGCUCGCUGUUGAUUCCUUGUUACAGCAGGGUUUCUCUCCUGCACGCACCCUUGUACUUGCUUAUGGAUUCGAUGAAGAGUCCAAAGGCACAGAGGGUGCUGGUCAUCUCGCCCAAUAUUUAGAAGAAACAUAUGGGUGUGAUUCUUUCGCCCUGCUUCUUGACGAAGGAGGUGGGUACAAGGACAUGGGUGGUAUCGUUUUUGCUACACCCUCGACGUCUGAGAAGGGCUAUCUGGACCUGAAAAUCACGCUUUCGACUCCGGGUGGUCACUCGAGCUUACCGCCUUCUCAUACGAGCAUUGGUCUCCUCUCUCGCUUCAUAACAGCGGUGGAGGAUAACCCGCAUCAAGCCAGCCUUUCCCGAACAGGAACCCCGUUUGCGAUGACGCAGUGUCUUGCGGCUUACAAUCCCGUGUACCCUGAAGAAUUGCGAGAGCUCGCAAGAAAAGCAGUCAUGGAUGAUGCAGCUUUAAAUAUGCUUCAAGAGCGACUUUUGGCUUCAUAUCCCAUGUACAAAGCAAUGCUCGGGACCACACAAGCAGUGGACCUUGUCGAAGGCGGCGUGAAAGUCAACGCUCUCCCAGAACGUGCUAGUGCAGUGGUCAACCACCGCAUUGCAGAGCACAGUUCUCUCGGCGAGCUGCAGCAGCACCUGAUCGACCUUCUUACUCCAGUGGCAGCCAAAUAUGACCUCGCUCUCGUCGCGUUCGGCAGUAACGUGACUUCUGGUGGUUCCGGUCAAGUCACUCUGUCCGACUUUCUCGGAUCAGCCUUGGAGCCUUCGCCAGUGACGCCUACCGAGUAUGGUCCUUGGGCCAUCCUGCAAGGAAGCAUUAAAGCUGCUUUUGAAAGUUCCCCUACUCGUAACAGCAGCAAGGUUGUUGUUACGCCGUCUCUAUCCACUGAUACUCGGUUCUACUGGAAUUUGACCAAGCACAUCUUCCGCUUCUCGCCGUCCUUCGAGACUGAUAUGUACAACGGACUACACACCGUCAAUGAAGGCAAGUCUUUCCGUGCUGACAGCUUGAAUGAAGGCGUUCGUUUCUAUACCAAGUUUAUUUUGAAUGUGGACGAAAGCGAUUUGCUAUGA